AAGAUUCCUUACUUCCCCCGUUCGAUUGUCUUUCUUCACCACCUUCCCAUUCUCUCGUUUACUCUCACCUUUCCUCCCAUAUUUAGGGUCGUCCACAUACCCUCAUAAAGUGAUCACGGCUUUCUUCAUUUGUCACGUACCUAUCUACUACUUCGUGGGUAUUUCCAUUUUCUUCUCUUAUCCAGCAAGCAGGCAAUGGCAAGUCCUCUGUAUCAUGGCACUCUCUUCUUAGUCGUAGCUGCUCUCUUUACCUUCCACUCUCAGGUUAUUGCGGUGGAACCAGUUUCCAAGCUCAAACUCAAUUCUAGGAUCCUUCAGGAUUCAAUAGUUCAAAAGGUCAAUGAAAAUCCCGAUGCUGGAUGGGAAGCUACCAUGAAUCCUCAAUUUUCCAAUUACUCUGUUGGGGAAUUCAAGUACCUUCUUGGAGUCAAACCAACACCCAAAAAGGAACUAAGAGGUGUUCCUCUAGUAAGGCAUCCAAAAUCCAUGAAAUUACCAAAAGAAUUUGAUGCAAGAACCGCUUGGCCACAUUGUAGCACCAUUGGAAGAAUUCUUGGUCAGUUGCUACCUGUUUGCAUUGCAUGGUUCUCUGUUUUUGUCUAUUUAAUUUUCAAGGGUCACUGUGGAUCCUGUUGGGCAUUUGGUGCUGUUGAAUCACUAUCAGAUCGUUUUUGCAUCCAUUAUGGCAUGAACCUCUCUCUAUCCGUCAAUGACCUCUUAGCUUGCUGUGGCUGGAUGUGCGGUGAUGGUUGUGAUGGGGGUUAUCCAAUUGAUGCAUGGAGAUAUUUUGUCCAAUCUGGUGUUGUCACUGAGGAGUGUGAUCCAUACUUUGAUGAUAUUGGCUGUUCUCACCCUGGUUGCGAGCCAGGAUUUCCUACUCCAAAGUGUGAAAGAAAAUGUGCCGAUAAGAACAAGCUCUGGGCAGAGUCCAAGCACUUUAGUGUUAAUGCAUAUAGAAUUGAUUCUGAUCCCCACAGCAUCAUGGCUGAAGUUUCCAUGAACGGACCAGUAGAGGUGGCCUUCACUGUUUAUGAGGAUUUUGCUCAUUACAAAUCAGGAGUUUACAAGCACAUAACAGGUGAUGUCAUGGGAGGCCAUGCUGUUAAGCUUAUCGGGUGGGGGACUUCUGAUGACGGGGAGGAUUAUUGGCUUCUUGCUAACCAGUGGAAUAGAGGCUGGGGCGAUGAUGGUUACUUUAAAAUCAAAAGAGGAACAAAUGAGUGUGGUAUUGAAGAGGAUGUUGUUGCUGGUUUGCCUUCAACCAGGAACCUUGUCAGAGAAGUUGCCAAGAUCGAUGCCCAUGAGCAUGCCUCGGCGUGAUAAUGGAUUAUCCCUUUUCAAAUUGAUGUGAUUUAUGUACGAAUCAUGUGCUUUAGCGAUAAAUUAUCCUAUAGUUUGAUCUCAACUGCACAAGGGAUGCUUUCUUCAACAGUACUCAAUUUGAUUGAAAUAAUAUGUGAAAGAUGCCAUAGUUUGAUCCU